AUGGAAGUCGAUCAAGAAACACCAACGAAUUUCACUUUGGUCACGAGGAAGCCUUCCUUCGAUCUCCCUACUGCUUGCCCUAAUUGCCUUCCUGUUUACAUCUACCUCAAACUAGCCCAGCUUCCUUUUGAACUUGCCUUCAAUUCGACCUUCCCUGAUUCAGAUGAACUGCCGUACUUUGAAUCUGGUACAUAUGUUGCAUACAACAAUGAAGAGGGAGGAGUUAUUGAUAAACUGAAGAAAGACGGGAUUGUCAAUCUUGACUCUCAGCUCCAGUCUCUUCCGGAUUACUUAUCGUUGAAGGCUCUUAUUGUUUCUUGGCUGGAAGAAGCGCUUACGUAUGAGCUAUGGGUUGGUACCGAGGGAAUAUCUGCGUCGAAAGUCUACUACUCGGAUCUUCCUUGGGUGAUCGGCAAGGUCUUGUUUUACAAGCAGACAUACAUGGCCAAGAACCGUCUAGGAAUCACGAAAGAAAACGCAGAGCAAAGAGAAAAACAGAUGUACAAGAGGGCAAGUGAGGCAUAUGAAGCUUUGUCGGCUAGGUUAGGAGAGCAGAACUUUCUCUUUGAAGACAAGCCAUCGAGUUUGGAUGCGUUCUUUCUCUCGCACAUUCUUUUUACAAUCCAAGCAUUACCAGAAGCAUCAGUGCUUCGGGGCAAACUUCUGGAACAUGGUAAUCUUGUCAGAUAUGCUGAGAGACUUAAGUCAGAGUUCCUCGUAGACUCUUCUUCAACGCCUUCGCCGCCACUUCAAUCAUUCCCUUCCUCCUUUCCAAGAAAAGGUUCGAAGCCAAAGAGCAAACCAAAGACGGAAAAGACCGCAGAGGAGAAAAAAUUCAAGAGUAGAGCAAGAUUCUUUCUAGCUGCUCAGUUCCUGGCAGUCAUCAUAUACUUAUCCGUGAUGGGAGCAGCUAGUUCUGAUGAACCAGAGUAUGAGGAUGAAGAUGACUCUUAUUAA